ACCUAGUGUGCUCAGUCACUCUGAAGUGGACCUCUUAGGAGCGUUCCAUACACAGGCGUCGCAUACCUGAACGUAUCCCGGGGGAGGAGAGAGAGAGAGAGAGCGUCUCCCUUUUAAGCAUUCUCGUACUGCAACAUCAAUACGCAUCACUGAGCGUGGAACCAAGGAUGACUGCUGAAUUACUUCAGGGCAGAAUUGCCUUAGUUACAGGAGGUGGAAGUGGCAUAGGAAGGGCAACAUGUCGGAUUCUGGAGAGAGAAGGAGCCACCGUGGUUGCUUGUGACAUUAAGGAAUCGACCGCAAGGGAGACAGUCAACCUGUUUAGAGAUCCGAGCAAACACUUGGCCUUGAUGACUGAUGUCUCGAAAGCGGAGUCGGUAGACGCCACAAUCUCGGCCGUUGUUGCGAAGUAUAAGUCUCCUCCCACACUACUCGUCAACUCGGCCGGAGUGACUGGUAUCGGACCCAUGAAGUCCUUCAAGGAGGAUUCCUUUAAGAACUGCAUUGAUGUGAAUUUGAAGGGGACUUACCUGAUGUGUAAGGCCGUAGCCAACGCCAUGGAGAAGCACGGACUGAAUAAAGGGAGCUUCGUGAAUAUCGCCAGCAUCACAGGCAUCCUUGGGCUGAAAGACAACUCCUGCUACUCCGCCAGUAAGGGAGGAGUCAUCGCUUUCACGAAAGCCAUCUCCAAGGAACUGAUUCACGAUGGAAUCCGAGUGAACAGCAUCCUCCCUGGUCCUAUCGAGACUGGCAUGGUUUCUGCGCACGCCGAAAUCGUCCAACAGGCUAUCAGAGAGCGCACGCCCAUCGGACGCAUUGGCCAGCCAGAGGAAGUAGGAGAGGUGGCCGUCUUCUUGCUGUCGGACAGGAGCAGCUACAUGGUCGGGUCUUCCGUUGAGGUGACCGGCGGAUAUAUAUGCUAAAAGUACUUUGCAUGACGAAGCCAUACUUCGGAUGGAUGAGACGCUGUGUGAAGCGUUCUGGUACCAGCACCACCUACCUGCCUGCCUCUUCGUAACCAGCCGUCGCGGUUGCACGAGUUGGGUCUUCACUGCCAAGGAAGUGAUUUUUAUAUUUGAAUGAUUGUAGUAGACUGACUUUUGAUACACUUCAUUAGAUUUUGAUAUGAUUUGCCUGCUAUAAUAAAGCACUGAAUACCA